AUGCAAUCACCACUUCAACUGCGGUGCAUUCAAGCUCGGAAAACCAAGUCAGUAUCCGCUAGGCCUAUUUUGAAGUCUACCUACCACAGUUACGCCGGGGCCGCUUUCCUCGAGUUCAAAAACCCGCUCAUCUUCCGCCACCCUCUCCGAACUCUUGAGAUUCCUCUACCCGAGGGCAACUUCAUCCGGCUCAUGAUCCUUGAGCCCGGUGAAGAUGGGGACGCAUUGUCUUGCACUAUGAAAACGAUGAAUCUCGAUAAUCCCGUCCCUUACGAAGCUGUCUCCUACGUAUGGGGGAGCACACACCGAGACCAUCCCAUAAAAGUUGCAGGCCAGACCACCUAUAUCACCACCAACCUGGACAGCACUUUGCGUCGAGUGCGCUCGCGCAGCCGGCCUCGCACGUUGUGGGUGGACUCCGUCUGCAUCAACCAAGAUGACCUCCCCGAGCGAGGGAGUCAGGUACUCCAGAUGGGCAAAGUCUACGGGAAGGCGAAGAAGGUACUCAUGUACCUUGGAGAAGAUGGCAACAGCCACGGAGAGGCAGUCAAGUCCUUGGUAUCGGAAAUCGAAGACAUGGUUCUAGAGGGAAUAAGAGGAGCAGGAGAGUCGUGGAACUCCUUCCCGACCCUGAAUUCGGAUGAUCGGGAGCGUUUCCUCGCCGACACGAGGUGGAAUAGUCUCAUCGUUAUGACGCACCAGCCUUGGUUCACGCGUGGCUGGGUAAUUCAGGAGUCUAGCCUGGCUGCUGAUGGUUUGAUGCUAUGGGGUUCUUCUGAGAUCCCCUGGCGGGCGUUUUUGCGCACCUACACGUGGAUGAUCAGGAGACUUCCACAUGUGCGAGUUAAGUACGGAGACGGCAAUCAUGGCAUGAACCGCCUACAUCUCGAGCUCUACCGGAUGCACAGCCAGACGGAAACCAUGCCACUUUACACGAAGCAGGCAUCCGAGUUCGAUUUCCUUAUCAUCCCCCACGAUGCAAGGGCACUAUCCGUCAAGGACCAACGAGAUCGAGUGCACGCUUUUCUGUCAGUGGCAAGCGCUGCAGGACUAGAACUUAGGAUAUGGCCGGACUACUCUGAUGGAAAAAAGCCCCAAGAUGUCUACCUAGAUAUGGCGAGGGAAUAUAUCAACAUCACUGGGAAUGUCAACAUAUUGCAUUGCGUACAGCACACCGAUGAUAGCCUCUGCGAUGGAUUUCCGUCCUGGGUCCCGAGAUGGGAUCUCAACCUCUUCGAUAACAUCAUUACGCACACAUCGGCACCAACCCUUAUCCCCGCGGACGUGAGACCUUCAGUCUCCGGAAGUAACGUCUUGAAUGUCAAGGGAGUCAUUUUCGAUGAGGUCAUCUUCACAUCCGAGCCGCUCUCACGAGACGUCUCCAUUUACGACCUAAAAAGGAUUUGGGACCGAGUUUCUGAUGCCCAUAUCACAUCGGCAUACAAAUCUACGUACAAAGCGUUGGCAUUCUCCCAGAUACUCUCAGUGGGCCGAUCAUGGGGUGCUGAGUGGCCCGAAUGGACGAUCCGCUCCACGAAGGGAUAA